AGUUAACUAGUUAACUUACCUAAGCCGCUGUCUGCGCCACAAAUCAAGCCAUGACCGAGCGGUGAUGUACUCUAGGUGUGGGACAACAACCAUACCAUACUGCGUUCGCCCACAACUCUUUAUCUGCUGCAACAGCACCCUACUCCAUCUCCACCACUGUAUACCCACCGGGUAUAUUUAUCUACGAUCCUAUGUUGGAACUGUGUUGCGGGCGUUAAUUCCCUUCUUACCUCCUACGAAUAGGCUUUGUCUCUUGAGCCUUGGCGACCUACCUCCUCUCAACCUUCCGCCUCUCAUCUUGCUCCGUCCAUAACGACUGCCUGCGCAACUGAUCUCGCGGCUUCACGGCAACAUGCCUCCCCCUCCUCCCCCGCCCCCGCCGCCUCCUAUGGCUGGUGGUCCUCCUCCUCCACCCCCUCCUGGUGGUAACCUACCAGCCAGGCCUAUAGGAAUAACACAAGAUCGGGGUGCCCUUCUUUCAGACAUCUCGAAAGGUGCUCCUCGUCUUAGGAAAGCUGUAACAAAUGACAGAUCAGCACCUAUGGUUGGAAAGUCGUCCGGUGCAUCAAGCGGUCCUCCAAUCGGCGGAGCCCCGCCCGUGCCUGGCAUUCCCAAACCUCCCGGUGGAUUAGCCCCUCCUGUCCCUGGCGGAAAUAGACUGCGGAGUAAUAGUGAUCAAGGUCGUACAGGUGCAGGGGCUGGAGCUGGGGCCGGUACCAAUGCUGAUGAAAGCGGCACACUCCCUUCAGCGCCGCAAUUAGGUGGGUUAUUUGCUGGGGGUAUGCCUAAGCUAAAGAAGCGUGGCGGCAUAGAUACAGGUGCGAGUGCAGAUGCGUCAUAUCUCUCCGACUCUGAAAGCUCUCGGAAGCCAGGCCCUUGGGCUCCCACUGGCACUGCUCCACCACCGCCACCAAACGUUCGUCCGCCACCUCCAACACCGGGCGGUGGCCCUCCACAACCAUCUGAAAACCCUCUAGUUGCAAAUUUACGAAAGGUACCUCCGCAUCCAGCUGGAAGACCAUCAUCCACAAUAUCAUAUCUCUCUACCAAAUCGGCUCCGGAGACGCCUGCACGACCACCUCCAUUUCUAGGAUCGAAACCUCCUCCUCCCCCCCCGGUCUCUUCUCGAAAGGUCUCGGCUCCACCUCCACCCGCGGCUCCUCCUCCACCACCUUCAUCCGUAUUGCCUGCACCUCCCCCACCGUCUGCUCCUCCACCUCCUCCAGCAGCGGCUGCACCCCGGCCACCCCCAUCACGAUCUACCCCUCCACCCCCGUCUCCCGCCGCUCCGCCUGUUGCCAACGGGGCGCACGCAGCAGCUUCUACAGCCUCAAUAGCAAUGCAGGCCGCUAGAAAUGCUUUCUCGCAAUCAUCUCAUCCACCACCCCCACCGCCGACGUCCGCUCCAUCCGCUCCCCCAGCACCUCCGCCCCCGCCACCGCAAGCAUCCCCUCCCUCUUCUGCGCGAACAUCAUCCUUAUUAUCAACCCCACUCACCUCUCGCCCCUCAUCCUUCGCAGACAAACAAAAUCAAUAUCAAGCACCCCAGCAACAGCAACAGCAACAGCAACAACAGCAACAACAGCAACAACAGCAACAACAACCUAACCGCUCCCUGCUCGACCCAAGCAACUAUACCCUUACAAACGGUGGUUCUUCACCGCAUCCCAGCUCCCGAGGCAGUAGUACGCGAAGCAGUUCACAGAGAAUACGGAUCGAGGAUCCAAGAUUUAGAUUCCAGAAUGAGUCGCUAUUUCCGAAACCAAGGGAGUUCCGUGGCGGGCAGAAGUUGUAUAGGGCUGGCAGGGGAAGUAGUGUUCCCUUGGAUCUUUCAGCGUUGGUUUGAAGUGACAGGUUUUCGUUUUUGUACGUUUUACGUAAACAACAUGAAUUGAUAAAUAGCCACUUGCCUUUAGUCCAUCUAGCUAGCUCGAACCGUGCGAGUUGAUGGGGUGAGGACGUUGUUUUUUUCUCCAUUCCUCUUCCCCAAUUUUUGUCCUUUUGUCCUUACUUUGCGUGCAUGAUGGGGAUUUGGUACUGGUUACCGAACCGUUGAAAAAAAUUGUCUUGAUUUGCCUUGUCUAACCUUUCUCUGAGUUUUGUUUGGAUAGGGGGAUAUAAAUAUCUACAAGUGGGAAUCUAGGAUGUAUGGUAGCUUAGCAAUGUUAAUUGCCAAUUUCAUUAGACUUGGGUGAGGUUUGGGUUAGCUCUCUUGAAUCUUCUUUACUAGCCAAAAGAACAAGGCUUUGAUCUUCGAUUCUAUCCCGUUUCUUGAGAUUUUUUAUUUUUUUUUUCUUUGUACCGCAAUCCUCCGCGUGAGAGAGGGUGAAUGGAUUUGUGGCUAAUGCUAUGUUCUGCUGAUAUAGAAAAAAUUUGAUACUUCAUUCAAUCAUUCAGAUCAGAAUAUUCAACCAAACAAUGUUUGCUUUUAGCGCGCACUCUGUCUUGCUUCUAUAUCUUUCUGCCAUCCCCUUUCCGAUCCUCCGCCCCCAUCCACCUCCAUCUCAUACUCCAUCUCGCCAUCCCAAUUCAACUCAUCCCACCGACCAUCCUCCAAUAACGCAUGCCUCUCCGCAUACCAUUCCCGCGACUGCUCCAUAGAUGGCCGCGCCACCAGCGGCAAAUGACACCAGAGACAGAUCCUUCUCCGACCAUUAUCCUUCCCUGGCGGCCUACCGCACCCUUCACCACUACACUUCGCAAUCGGCUCUUGGCCCGUCCGGACCUGGAUCUCGCGACACUUCGAACACAUCCAGCCGUCCUUGGCGGUACAGAUGCAGUAUGCGCUGGCUACGGGGUUGGAAGCAUCAUUGUGGUACGGUGGUGCAGAUGGUCGCCGCCCAUUGUGGGGUUGGCCAGAGAGCCAGCAGUCGAUGCAUAAGGGGCGGGUGCGACUUUUGUAUGCUGAGGUGGAUUGGCGGAAGGAUUCCUGUUUUGUUGCAUGUUGCAUUAAUGUUACAAAGUGGUCACUCUAUACGAUACUUUCUAUAAGAGGGGGAAUGAAGACCUACUUUGACGAUGCACGCUUCACAGACGGGCAAAGAGCAGUACUUGCAUAAAUGUGGCGUCAAACCUCUUGUGUGUGUUGGUUCUGAGCAGAUAAGCUGUCCGCUUUUCUUUAUAUUUUUCCAGUAUAAGGUUUGGUGGUCUCCAAUAUGAAUAUCCGGUCUGAUGCGCCGGCUACUGUUGGCCGGGUUGAUCAAGUCCGCAGGAUCCGAGAUGGGGAGCGCAAACCCGUGAAGAACAGCUCUGUAAUGGGAGUUGACGCGGGAUAGGUUCAAGACAUCACCAAGACCCAUAUGAGGGACAAGGACGGACACUAUUGGGAAUUGGCGUAUGAUGUCUAGGAGCUCCAACUUUCGGCCGUUCUGAUUAUCAGAGUGAGGUAAUAAAAUAGGAUUUGUCAUCGUCGUCGUCGUCGUGGUCGUCGCUGCGUACUAAUAAUAAUAAUACAACUAUGAGAGUUGGGUAUCAUUGAGAAGGAACUAACUUAGCUGAACUGAACAGUUAGUUACAAUGGAGUUACUGAUUUGGAGGGUGAAAGAAGAUGAAACUCGAGAGAACUCUUCAGCAGCCCUUGUGAGGGAUAUCGGACAUUUCCUGAGAAGACUGCGAGCAGAAGCGUUUUCAAGUAAUAGAAUCAGUUCCCGUCCAGUUUCCCCAAGAGUACGGAGUAAAGAUUAACGACAUAGUAAACGAUAGUUAGAAUCAGAGUUAGUGGCCGGCAAAGUGUAAAAAGUUAGAGUUCAG